GCAGUUCCACCCUUCCGGCCCUGAGUUCCUUCCUCCGCCUCAGUCUUCCGCCCGGUCCUGGCUGUCAGUGCGUCGGUAGCCCCGUUCCUUCGUCGCGCGGCCCCUGAGGCGCCCGUGUCCGCAAUGUCGGGCCCCAACGGGGACCUGGGCGUGCCGGUGGAGGCGGGCGCGAAAGGCGAGGACAACGGCUUCGGAGAAGCAGAAUAUGCUGCCAUCAACUCCAUGUUAGACCAGAUCAACUCCUGUCUGGACCACCUGGAGGAGAAGAAUGACCACCUCCACGCCCGCCUCCAGGAGCUGCUUGAGUCCAAUCGGCAGACUCGCCUUGAGUUCCAGCAGCAGCUCGGGGAGGCCCCCAGUGAUGCCAGCCCCUAGGAUCCGGGAGCCCCUCCAGGCCCCAGCUCUGCCUCCCUCGGCUAGGCUCUGGCUUGGGCACUUACCACCUGGAUUAGAUACCUUCUCAAGGGCUGGCCUAUGGGUCCCCUGGUGGGACUGCCACCAGGGUCACUUCUGACACUCCCCUCAGCCUGCCUGAGCCAGUCCCCACCACCCAGCCUCCCUCUUGGGGCCAGGUGUGGGCUGUGACCCACCCUCUUUGCCUGCCUGCCCAAUUCCUGGGCACCCCCCACUCUGCCCACGCCUUGAGUGUCCACAUUAAACGGGUCUCCAACACCA